AUGUCCGAUACCUGGUUGCCGUCCUCCUGGAGAGAGAAACCGAUUGCACAGGAUGUCAAAUAUCCGGACGAAAAACAUUUAGCAACCGUCCUCUCGAAGCUCUCCACGCUGCCUCCCAUCGUUACUCCACAAGAGAUCGAGAGGCUGCGCUAUCAACUCGGCCUCGUUCAGCGCAAUGAGGCUUUCCUCCUUCAUGCGGGUGAUUGUGCCGAGAGUUUCGACGCGUGCACACACGAAAAUAUCUCCUCGAAAAUCGGCCUUAUCUUGUCUUUCUCGUUGAUUCUCGUCUGGGGCGCCCGUUUGCCUGUUGUCCGAGUCGGGCGAAUCGCAGGCCAGUACGCUAAACCACGUAGCAGCAGUUUCGAAAACGUAGGUGGCCGAGAGGUACUGAGUUUCAGAGGUGACAAUGUAAACGGACUGGACGUCAACGACCGCACCCCAGAUCCAGAGCGUCUCCUUCGAGCUUACUUUCAUUCGACGACAACGUUGAACUACCUCCGUGGCCUUCUCACAUCUGGCUUUGCCUCUCUGCACCAUCCUCGGGAUUGGUCGUUAACCCAUGUCCGCUCUCCAUCUUUACGACGCGAGUUUGAGACUAUCGUAGACGGUCUUUCGGACGCUCUAGAUUUCAGUCGCACGAUAGGAGUGGAGUCGAAUAGCACGUCGUACGAACGAGGUGGGGGACGAGGAACACUCGGAGAAGUGGAUUUCUACACUAGCCACGAGGGCUUAAUGCUCGCCUACGAAGAAGCGCUCACCCGAGAAUUCACGAGUUCGAAGAAGAAGCAUUACUAUAAUACCUCGGCACACUUCCUUUGGAUUGGGGACCGCACUCGCCAGCUCACGGGUGCUCACGUGGAAUACUUUAGGGGAAUCAGGAAUCCCAUUGGGAUCAAAGUCGGACCUAGCAUGGAAGCUGGCGAGCUGAGCAGGCUUCUGGACAUCGUCAAUCCAGACAAGGAGACUGGAAGGGUGACGUUGAUUACGCGCUACGGGGCUCGGAAGAUCGACGACCACCUUGCCGGGCACAUCAGCGCCGUCCAAAAAUCAGGCCAUCCAGUCGCUUGGAUAUGCGAUCCAAUGCAUGGGAACACUCUGACCUCCAGUAGUGGGUUGAAGACGAGGAACUUUGGUACCAUCAUCGAGGAGCUUACUGCGUGUCUCAGAAUCCAUAAUGCGUGUAAUUCUCGCCUUGGAGGUGUAAGUCUUGAAUUUACUGGGGAGUUAAACGAAGAGGGCUUUAGUGUUACUGAAUGUGUUGGGGGGAGUAUGGAGCUCUCGGAGGAGGAACUUGGAUUGAGGUAUCAGUCGUUCUGUGACCCACGACUCAAUUUCGAGCAGAGCCUUGACGUUGCGUUCCUUAUCUCCAAUCACUUCAAACAAGAACGCCGGAAUGGAAACAAGCCUGGGUCUGUCGACGGUCCUGACGUACUCUACUCGGAGCUCGGAGGCCGCCCUCAGACUCCCAACGAAGUUUGAACGUAUGAUAUAACUCUCCAGCUUGUUCUUUUGUGUUGACAAGGCCUGGUUGUCGAAAGUUUUGCUUGGUGGGGUACUUCUGGGCCCACCAUGGCUUUCCCCCGUUUUAAGCAAGUAGUACGGAGUAUACGCGGAGCGUGUGCAUGUGUUUAUCGACUGCGUCUACAAUUCCCCGCGUUGCCUGAACAUAUGUCCAACGCCUUUAUCUCACAAUUACAAGUGUAUUUUUUGAAUGUC